CAUUUCAUAUUCCUCAUGGGAAAUACUCGCUUCUUACUACCUCUCAUUGUCGUGCUUUUGUAUCAUAAUUUUGUAACUUUUGUGUCUAUGGAAUCACUUAACAUCACCACAGACCAAUUGGCUCUUCUUGCUUUGAAAUCUCAUGUAACUUUUGACCCUCAGAAUCUUUUGGCAACUAAUUGGUCUAGCGCAACCUCGGUUUGCAACUGGUUUGGUGUCACUUGCGCAUCUCAGCAGCUCAGGGUCACAGCUCUGAAUCUUUUUGGUAUGAGUCUGGUAGGCACCAUCCCUCCUCACUUGGGAAAUCUAUCUUUCCUCUCCAGGCUUAACAUUGGAAACAACAGUUUUCAUGGUUCCUUACCCCACCAAUUGGCUAAUUUGCAUCGGUUGAACUUUAUAAACUUCGGCAACAACAGCAUGAGUGGAGAUAUCCCGGCAUGGUUUGGUUCCUUCGCUCAACUUCAAAGCUUAUUUCUUCAUGGUAACAACUUCACAGGUAUAAUCCCAUCAUCUUUGUGCUAUUUGCCGAAGCUAGAGAUCUUGAGGUUGGAUAAUAAUAAUCUGCAAGGGCAGAUUCCUGUCGAGAUAGGAAAUCUUUCUGCCUUAAAAACAUUCUAUGUGGAUACUAAUCAGCUUUCAGGUUCUAUACCUUCCUCAAUCUUCAACUUAUCUUCACUGCAAAUACUUGAUCUUAGCAACAACGAACUCGAUGGUUUGAUACCUUCCAUUCCACUCAACAUUUCUUCGCUACAAGUCAUUGAUUUCACCACUAAUGCUCUCAUUGGUAGUCUCCCGUCAGAUAUGUUUGAUAAACUUCCAAAUCUGCAUGGGCUUUAUUUAAGUGAGAACCUGCUCUCGGGCAGAAUUCCACCAAGUUUAUUCAAGUGCAAAGAGUUAACAGAGUUAUCCUUAUCUAAUAAUCAUUUUGAGGGGAGUUUGCCUACGGAAAUCGGAAAUUUGACGAUGCUUAGGAAAUUGCAACUCGGUGCAAACAAUCUCAGAGGUCAAAUCGCAUGGGAGAUUGGUUCUCUUAUAAAUUUAGAGACGCUUAGCUUUUCGGAAAACUACUUUGCAGGGCCUAUUCCAUCAAGUAUUGGGAAUUUGACACUUCUUAAAAACCUUGAUUUUUCCUCUAACAGCUUGUCAGGUACACUUCCACUCAAGAUUGGUAACCUACAGAACCUAGAAAUUUUAUUCUUGGGAAAUAACAGUUUCACUGGUAACAUCCCUCCUUCAAUCUUUAACAUCUCAACUGCAAGGGCCAUUUGGCUUGGAUUGAAUCGCUUCUCAGGCCAGCUUCCAUCAACCAUGGGCCUUGGACUUCCAAAACUGCAAGGUCUUUAUCUUGGAUUAAAUGAGCUGAGUGGGCCAAUUCCGAACUCUAUUACCAAUGCCUCUCAGCUCAUUUAUCUUCAAUUGUCCAAUAAUUCAUUUUCUGGAUUUCUUCCUGACAACCUUGGCAAUCUAAGAUACUUACAGGAGCUCGAUCUUGGUCAUAACAAUUUCAGUAGCGAACCUUCAUCCCCAGAAUUGAGCUUUCUCUCAUCAUUGACCAAUUGCAAAGACCUGAGAGUAUUGAUAUUUGAUGAUAAUCCAUUGAUUAAUGGUGAACUUCCAAUUUCUGUCGGAAAUUUAUCAUCUUCUCUAACACUUUUCUAUGUUUCUCAUUGCAACAUCAAGGGCACAUUACCAAGUGAAAUUGGUAAUUUAAGCAAGUUGCUGUGGUUAGGUCUUGACCACAAUAACUUGACGGGAACAAUACCUACUACACUUGGAAGAUUGAGAGAGUUGCAAGAUGUUAAUAUUGGGAACAAUAAGCUAGAAGGAUUCAUUCCAUCUGAGUUAUGCCAUUUGCAGAGGUUGACUUAUUUAACUCUGACAGGGAAUAGACUAUCUGGACCAAUACCAGCAUGCUUAGGCGAUGUCGUUUCUCUAAGAAAUCUUUUCUUAGGCUCCAAUAAUUUUACCUCCAUCCCAUCAACCUUAACAAGGCUUGAUGGUUUAUUGUUCCUAGAAUUGUCUUCCAAUUCUCUAAGCGGCUCUCUCCCAAUUGAUAUUGGAAAGUGGAAGUCCGUGACUAAUUUGAAUUUGUCAGAUAAUCAGUUUUCAGGUUCUAUCCCGAGCAGCAUUGGUGAUCUCAUAGACCUAACUCAUCUCUCCUUAUCUGGUAACAUGUUACAAGGUUCUAUUCCUCAGUCUUUCGGUGAUUUGAUAGGUUUGGAAUUCUUAGAUUUGUCAAGAAAUAGCCUCUCAGGAACGAUCCCCGAGUCCUUGGAACAACUCUCACAUCUCAAAUAUUUGAAUGUCUCUUUCAAUAGACUACAAGGAGAAAUUCCUAAUGGAGGAUCAUUUGCAAACUACUCGAGUCAAUCAUUUAUGGGAAAUGAAGCCCUGUGUGGUUCACCUCGAUUUGAAGUCCAACCAUGCAAAUCUGAUCCCUCUCGAAGGUCCAAGGGUACUGAGCUUUUAAAAUAUAUUCUACCAGCAGUUGGCUCAGCAAUAUUAAUAUUGGCCGUGGUUAUCAUUUGUUUGCGAAGUCGAAACAGGAAAGCUGAAGUGACAACUGAUCAAGAAAAUAUGCUACCAUCAACUCAAUGGAGAAGAAUUUCUUACCACGAGCUCGAUCAAGCUACAGAUCGAUUUUCUGAAAGCAAAUUACUAGGGGAAGGGAGUUUUGGAUCAGUAUACCUAGGAACUCUUUCAAAUGGGAUGAGCAUUGCAGUAAAAGUCUUCAAUGUAAAUGUAGACAGGGCUCUUAAGAGCUUUGAUGUUGAGUGUGAGGUCCUUCGCAACAUUCGUCAUCGAAAUUUGGUCAAAAUCAUCAGUAGUUGCUCUAAUAUUGAUUUUAAAGCCUUGGUACUUGAGUUCAUGCCUAAUGGAAACUUGGAGAAGUGGCUCUAUUCUCACAACCUUUUUCUGGAUAUUUCACAAAGGUUGAAUAUAAUGAUAGACAUCGCAUCCGCAUUGGAGUAUCUCCAUCAUGGUCAUACCCCAGCCGUGGUUCACUGUGAUUUGAAGCCUAACAAUGUCCUGCUUGAUAAAGGUAUGACUGCCCAUCUGGGUGAUUUUGGGAUAGCAAAACUCUUAGGUGAAGAGGAUUUAAUGAAGCAAACCAUGACGUUAGCAACUAUUGGAUACAUGUCACCAGAAUAUGGUUCAGAAGGAAUUGUUUCUACAAAAGGGGAUGUGUAUAGUUUUGGAAAUCUUCUAAUGGAAACCUUCACCAAAAAAAAGCCGACAAAUGAAAUGUUCAUAGAAGAAAUGAGUUUGAAGUAUUGGGUCAAGGAGUCAUUACCAUCUGCCGUAGUUCAUGUUGUAGACAACGAUUUGCUAAAUACUGGAGAAAUAGAACUCUUAGCAACAAAGGAUUGUGUAUUCUCUAUUUUGCAAUUAGCCUUGGAAUGUUCGGCAGAGUUACCGGAGGAGAGGAUUGAUAUGGAAGAAGUUGUUGCUAGGUUGAAGAAAAUCAAAGUCAUGUUUUUAAAGAAAGUUGAACAAGGAGGAGGUGAUUCAAGAGAUAACGGAGUUAGAAGCAGCGGAUAGAGGAGUCGAGUUGCAUUUUUAAACAGCUGCUUUGUGCGUUUUGUUCAUGUCAAGAUGUCUUGCAUGGAGAAGUUUAAGGAAUAGAACCAGGCUGCCUGCUAGAUGAUGGAUGCAAGAAUGCAACAAGGGCAUUUGGAGAUGGGGAAUGAUUCCUCAAUUGAGAUGAUCAGGCCAAGGGACUCCAACCACAGGCUUUUUCUUUGGGAUGGAGCGUUUACUAUACGCUUUAAGUGAAGGCAGUAUGUUUGGAUUAUAAUUUCUUUUUUGUAAUUUGGAGUGAUAUUGGGUUUCUUUUUUUGUUUUCAUAUUGUUUUGAUAUAUGUUUUGACAUCAGGUUAAAAGAUUAGUUGGUUAUUUGAUGAAUUGGAUAGGCCCUUAGUUUGUUAGGGGCUCGAUUUUCCCAUGAUAAACUUUUUUUUGUUUUGAGUAAUUAAGUCUUUUUGUAAUUGUACUA